CGUUCUUCGUACCAUAAUAAAGCAAAAAGCACAGCGCACCAAAAAGGAUGAAUCUCAUUUCGACCGGCCGCGACAGCGGCCUGAUGCUGCGCCGCCGGUCUUCCUCCCAGAUGGCCGAGCAGGCGAGCAUGGGAGUGACGCCAAAGCACAUUUUCGACCAACUCGCUUCCGGUGCCGGAAACUCCGGGAGCUUCUUGUUGGACAACAUGAAUUUGAAGCGGAAAAUCCACGUUCUGCUCGAGAAUCGAUGUACUUUUACCAUGCUCUAGUACACGUGCAGCAUGACGUCUCUCUUGGUCUCACGGCUCCAUAUCACAUGCAGGACAAACCCAGCAUCUUAUGCAUAAUGUGCAAUAUCAAUUUUAAAUGGGAAAACGAAAAUCAAAAUCAUAACAGCCGUUACCCACUUCAUUCACCUGUCCAUCUGUCUUUCCAUUCUCUGCGUCAUCUUCGAGACCCUAUCCAGGAAAAAACACCCAUCCCCAUCCAUUUUUUGCAUGACAAAUAGUGGAUUUUAUGCAUGUUUUGCAUGACAAAUUGGAUGGGGAUGGGUGUUUUUUCCUGGAUAGACCCAUUGGCGCUCCUACGAGGAAUUUUGGAACGUGAUGGAGAUCUAUUUCACGACGAUUUUCACGAUCGAAUUUGGUCUCCGAUGGUACGCCUACAUCCCCAUCGAGAAAAUGAUGGUCAACGCCCGCUGGAGCUGCAGAACUCCUACUUCGGACGAUGAAAACGCGUACCUUUCUCCGUAUUACAGGAGAGCCGGGCGGUUUGACUUCCUGACGAGGUCCUGGCUGAAUCUGCUGGAUUUCUUCAGCAUUUUACCGCUGUAUCUGUCGGCGGUGUUUUCCCUGCUGGACCUGGUUUUGUCGGACGAAAACAACAGUGACGAUAAUUCCUCGACCACUUCAAAUUCCUCAUCUUCCAACGAGCAGCACGCGAUGGACGUUAUCAAUGCUCUCCGGGUGUUGCGGAUCUUUCGGUUGAUGAAGAUUUUGCGGAAUUUGAACCCCUCCGGGUUUUACCUAAUGUACCAAACCUUGAAGCGGAGCUACACCGGGAUCUCGAUCUUGGCGUUUUUCCUCUCGGUGUUUCUGUGUCUCUUCUCCUCUGUCAUGUACUACGCGGAGAUGCAGGAGUGUCCGAGUAAGGGGCUGCUUUUGAAGGAUUUCCGGUACGAGUUUGAAGGGACCACAACAGCAAGUGCUAUUGCCGGCGGUGCGACAAUAUUAAGCAGCACGUCAACCGAACAAGAGAUCCUGGCCGAAUACCGCGAAGCGUGCGCAGCCUCUACUUCCGGAUUUACGAAGAAUCUGCCCUUCCUCUACCCGGGGCGAAAUCCACUGAUGUUCCAAACAACAUCUGCCCAAGCUGUCACUACUAUCGUGCCUGUAGGUGCUGGUGGUACUGUAGUACAGCAUCAAAUCAGCGCAGCUUCCUCGGGUAGUACGGGUUCCAUCAACGCCUUCGAGCACGACAUGAGCAAGGCCUACCUCUGUUGCGAUUUGCAGCAGGGGCACGAGGCGUCGGAGAAUUUUCCCUCGGUUCUCGCCGCAGCGUGGUGGGCGGUGUAUCAAAUGCAAAGAUGUCUGGGUCUGGAAGGUUGCAAGACUUGUCAUGCAGAUCUUCCAUGACCCAUAACGCCAGCAAUGCAUGACGUAGCAUCACAGACUUUCAGACGGCUUCCUGAUGCCUACUCCGCAUGAGAAAUGGCCUGUUCCCAUGGCGCAGACUGGACUUCUCUUGCUGGUCAUGCAAUACAGAUUUGCUUAGAGUCCAGAGAUUGCAUGACAAGUUGCAAAAUUCCAGACCCAGACAUAUUUGCAAUGCAUACGGUGGUCACGAUGACGACGGUCGGGUACGGGGAUUACGUCCCUGUGACUUUUUUCGGCAAGGUGGUCGGGAUGAUCACCAUGUUGAGCUACGCAAUGGAAAACUAUCGCACUUUGGUAGAAAAAAUAGCAUCACAAAUAAUUAUUUUGGCAAGAACAAAAGUGGAAUUUGUAAUGCGGUUUUCCGUUUGGAAAGAGAUUUGUCAUGCGUGAAUGCAAUUUGUACGAGUGCGAUGCUUUUGCAAUGCAUAUGAGCGGAAUUUUGGUGAUUUCCAUGCCGGCGGCCAUCAUCGGCUCAAAAUUCCAGGAAGUUUUGGAAGAGUACGAGUUGCGGAGGUACAAGACGUUGAAAAAUAAUACUAGCGGGAGUUCCAAUUCAGGAGUAGAACAUCAAGGUACAGGUGUAGCACAGAAUAGAGACAAGACCGCAGAACAUGAACAGCAAGACUCCAAUCAACAAGCCAUCGGAGCUGCACCCGCAAUAGGCACGACCCGGCGGCCGUCUAGCCUGAAGAAAUUUGUGCCGGACGAUCUGCAAAGGAUAGCGGAGGGGAAGGAGGAAGAAGACAGUGGGGCGAAGACGAAUAGCGGAAAACUGGAUGAAGCAACCGAGAGAAUUGGAAGUGCAGCAGACAAAGAGUUGUCUUUUCGCCUGCAACCGACCAGGCUGUUCACCACGGGAGAGGAGGAAGACGAGAAACACAACCUGAAUCGCAUCAGCGAGGGGACAGCUGUAACUUCAACAUCCCAGACAGAACAGGUAAUAUUUUCCACCGCCAAGGGUGAACAACACGCACUUCCCCCGCCCAGAAUAUGAGAGUGCACAACUCCCCCUCCCCCUCAUUUGUAAUGAAAAAUACCAAAUUCACACCUUGCUCGUAGGCACUGUUAGCAUGACAAAUUUUGGAUCCUCAAAUAGUACUACAAUCCGCAUGCAGAUUUGUCAUGCGAAAGCCCCUUUUCUGCUGUCGCUUGUGUUGCUGUUCAUGCAAUACAAAUGAGGGGGAGGGGGAGUUGUGCACUCUCAUACAUCAGAAGUGUCGGUUUUCAUUCGGAGGAAGAAGAAGACGAGGAGGAUUCCACCAGCGUCGACGCAAGCAGUUUGCACUAUGGGACUCUCAAAUGUUACAUUCUCAACUGUUACACGAUUUGUAAUGCAAAAUUGGCUUCAUAAUCGACACCAUCAAGCUGCUUCGCAUGACAAAUUCUCAGAGGGCCAAACAGGCUGACGCUCUGUUCCAAAUCUGUCAUACGAGACACGCUAGGUCAACACCCCGUUCACUUUUACCAUUCUUGCAUUACAAAUGCAUGUAACAGUUGAGAAUGUAACAGUUGAGAGCACCAUAUGAACCUGUUAUCGGAUGAGGACAAUGGCGAAACAAUGUUGGACAGUGACGACCCGAGGACGAGCGAUGGUCAUGGCCGUGGUCAAAAUAGAAGAAAAAAUGUCAACAGCGACACCUCUUCCUCUGACGAAUUCGAUGCGAAUUUGGACCAGUUUUCGGACGAAUUCGAUGAUGAGGAUGAAGAGGAUAUCAAUCCUGACAAUGACAACGAUUCUCUGAUUUCCUGCUCCACACUGCAAGUAGGAACUACGAAUGGUCGCGAUGAUGACACCAGCGAGUAUGGGACUCUCAAACGUUACAUUCUCAACUGUUGUAUGAAUUUCUCAUGCAAAAGUACCUUAAGCCAGCAGAUGAUCGAGCGGCUUCGCAUGACAAAUGUCGGAAGGGCUAAACAGCAUCUAAAUCUGCGCCAAACUUGUAAUGCAGAAGGCGCAAUCUUCCUCCUUUCACUUUUGCCAGUCUUGCAUUACAAAUUCAUGUAUACAGUUGAGAAUGUAACAUUUGAGAACUCCAUAGCGAGGAUGAAAUAAGACACCCCUACUACAACGUGGAAAACCCGUAUCCUGAGAAAAAAGUGAUACAGUUACACAUUGUGUUGCAGGCCAAGCAAGACAGACAAGCUCUGUCAUGCCGGAUAUGCAUAGUAGCCUCCUUUCAUAGGUGCUUUCCCGUAGGAUUUCUGCAUUGCAAGUUUUCUCUCUCAUGCAGAGAAAUUUGUGUUGCUGAAUUGACAUACAAAUGUGUAACUGUAACACUUUUUUCGUAGGAUAACCCGCGGUUGCAGCGGUUUGUCAAGUGGAUUGAUCGAUGUAAAGGAGCAGCUUCAACAUCAACAGCACCAGCACGACCCUCUAGCAGCAAAACCAAACUCUCGAAAAAGCAACGCCAGGAACUGGAGUUGAAGAAGAAGCUCGCGUUCGCCAGUCAGAAACAACUAAGGAAGAUGCUAAAGCGGGAUUUCUUCGAGGAAUCCUAUACGACAGUGAAAACAAGCGAGGAUCAGGUGAUCGUGCAGCCCAGUCCGCCGGUGGUCCAGCGGGUUAGCAGUAAGAGGAAAAGCAGCUUGAAAAAAUCACCGUCGAAGGAGAAGGUUGCAAUGGCGAAAGUUGUGGAAGGAAAUGAAGGAGGGGCUGGCGCGGCAGCAUCGUCAUCAUCCGGAGCCGGAAUUCCUCUGCAAACGGACAGCACAAGCGCCGCUGGGGCCGCACAUCAAACUGGUGCAGACGACACUUCUAAUCAAGCCCGCACGUCUGCAGUUUCCGCCGCUACCAGCAGUCAAAUGCACUUCAACGAAAACCGCACUUCUGCGAUAUCCCACACGUCCUCUACGUCGACCCACAGAAUGAGCGAGAGUUUCGUGUUUCACAGCUUGGACGGGGCGAUAAACACGAGGUCCAAUUCGAAUUUGGAUGGUAACACGACGACGAACAUCGUCAAUCUUGUUGCGCAGGAACAAUCUACCGCUCCCGCCGCUGCAUCAGCACCCGCACCUCCCGGAACAAUACCUGCAGCACUUUCCUCGCAGACGGACGCUGAAACGAGCGAGAAUGAGGGAACAACGAAGGCUCACCUGCAAGAAGGAACGCACGAGAAGAUGAUUCCCACCCGCAGGAAAAGGAAAAAAAACGAAAAGGUGAUGAAACCCUCGCCCGAACAGGAGACGAUAGAAACCAGGUGGAAUUACGGCGCGGAGAAGCUAUAUGGAAGUGUCAGAAUCGAAAUUGACAAAAUCGAAAAAGUUGUGAUGCAUGAAAUCGAUACCAGUUGGAGCCUCAGUUUCCAAGUGGCGCAUGACAAAUUUCGGGAGCACCCAAAUCCAGUCUGUCAUGCUGUUUGGACAAAGAAGACUGCUCCUGUCAUGCUAACUACUCUGGCAGCACAUUGCAUACCCCUAAACAGGCUUGCAAUCGGUCUCAUUUGCCUGCUCCCCAAUACAGGCCUUCAGUGCCCUACAUUUUUUGCAUCACAAGUGUUUCGAUUUUGUCGAUUUCGAUCCUGACACACCCAUAAGCUAACGGAGAAUUUGGAUUCUAGCAAUUUAGCGAAUCUCGGGUUGAUUCUAGCGGACAAGCAAACGAAAGCGGGGAAGAAGUACGGGGCGGAGGAGACUAGGAAGAAAUUGCUGGAGGAAAAAAGGCGGUUUUUGCUGGAGCAGGAGAGGCUCGCGAACCAAGAAGAAGACGACGGGAGCUACGAUUGGAUCUGUAGCAGUCAGAAGUGGCUGAGCGGGAACGACAGCAUUUUGGAUUUGCCAGCGGGCGUCGAGUCCUUGCACCACUUGGAUGACAAGAUCCUGCAGCGCAGGAUGCUGAGUAAGGGGAAGAGGAAGAGUAGCAAGGACAGCGGGAAGAUGAAAAUCGGAGCGGGAGCAGGAAAAACAAGUACAACAACGAUCGGGGGAAACAAGCAAGAGGACAGUGCGAAUAAAGUGGACGUCGAAGAGGACGAGUACAUAGAAGACGUGGAAUACGCAAGGAACAAGCCGAAGCCGUUUCCGCCACCACACCUAGUUCCGAUUUUACUGAAGCAUUUGAGCAAUCAAAUGCACGCAGAUGCGGACAAUUUGAAUAUCAACAGUAAUUCUGGUUUAUUACCGGCUACAAUUGCCACAACGACUUCGAGCAUUCGCGUCGCCGGCAGUGGUCCUCUGUCGCCUUCGGCGGGAGGUGCUGGCACUAUGGGUCUUUUAGCCGGGAACAAUGUACCAGCAUCUGACGUAGUACUAGAUCAACAUCAACAGCAAAAGUCCGCGCUGUUGGAGCAGCAGAGCUACACCUUGAUCACAAAAUUGUACCUCGAGGAACGGUAUGCAAUGCAAAAGUAUCGUAGUAGUAUAAAUUGCAUUUUUACAAAUUUGCUCAGCAUUACAAAUGGAAUUUGUAAUGCGUAUUUGCCUUAAGAAAAAAAUUCAAAUUUGUGAUGCAUAAAAGCAAUUAGUACGAGUACGAUUCUUUUGCACAGGAUAAACGGAAUCUUGUCGGGAUGUUUAAGCAGAAGCAGAAGGAGGCCCGGCUCGCCCUGAAACAGGUCCGGCAGGUAUCACAGGAAAAAGUGUUAACGGUAACGAAAUUUGUGAUGCAGUACAGCAUUACAAAAGCAAAACGUGCCCAAAUUUGUUAUGUAUAACAUGCGUGCUGGGCAAAAUUUGUCAUGCUUAUUUGCAAUCCAUGAAAACCGUUAAGGUUAUACACUUUUUUGCUUGAUAGCAGGUGGAGAAAAGGAUUUUGAAACUCCGGGUGAAGGAGGCGAGGAGACAGAAGAUAUCAAAUGUAAAAAUGUCUGGGUCUGGAACAAAGCAACUUGUCAUGCUAAAUCUGAAUCAUGUAAAAAUCUGUGUUGCAUGAUUACCAAAAGCUGUCCACUUUUGACCUAAUCGCGAGGCAGUUUCUCAUGCAGGAUAGGCAUGAUAGAACUCUCACAGAAUCUGUCAUGCUAUGUCCUUCAUACCAAACCUCAUGGAUCAUGGAAAACCUGCAUGGCAAGUCUGGCAUUCUUCCAGACCCAGACCUUUUUGCAGUUGAUAGAAGAAAAUCGUGAACAAAUUGAGCGAGUAUUACAACAGCUGCAGGGAAAAGAAUCUUCACUCGGGUGGUGCAGCUAGCGGUGGAGAAGAGGAUGCUGGUGCAGCUGCGAAGAGUUCUUCCAAUGAUCUGGCUGCCGACACGGGAAUCAACGUGGACACGGAUGAACAGACCGCUGUUGCUGGGAUAUAGCAGGGGAACAGCAACUCCGCGGCAUAGCGAAGAAGAAAAUCACAGGCUUCAGCCUCUAGUGUAAAAGCCACGGCGGAGGUACGAAGUGUGGCUGUCACGGGCGCAGGCGGACCGUGACAGUUGUAGCGGUCUCCAGGUCGACCUCCGGGUCCGCGUCCUCCGGUGCUUUCAUUCUGGAGUAGGGGCCGCGACUGUGUCGAUGAAGAUGAUGCCUUUGUCAAGUUAGAUCCACGCGAGAAGAUAGCAGUGGUGGUUCAUAGGUCAUCUUCCGUGGAACAAAACUAAACAACACAAGCAUGAAUUAGCGCUGACAUACUUCUUGGUCGGAAACAACUCGAAUGGCAUUUUUGAAAUUAUAAUUAUUUCUGCAAUCGCAAAACUUGUUCUUGUUACC